AUGUCUGACGAAGAAGCCGGGGGUGCGGCAGCAGCCAAUAGCAUGAUGAUGGUUCCUUGGUUUUUGGGUGGGCCCUGGGUGCCCAAAUGGCGCAGCAAGGAGGCAGCAACUGGGUCAGACGACGAGAUGUUGAGGAGCCAGCUGGUACUGGGGCUGCUGCCAGGGCCUGUACAGACUGAACUACAGCGCCGGGUGCGACGAGAGAUGGCCCUUACUUUCGAGGGGGCCUGUGGUGAGGCUAAAGCCAUGGAGAAGGAGACCGAACGAGCCGCCGUAGAGAGCAUUGACAAUAGGCGGACAUACAACAGCCCCCCUCAGCCCAACCUCCCCAGCACCUCAAAUCCACUACAUGAUUGGAGCAAGAUGAAGGAGGCGUUGCGAGCUGAGCUAGCAGAAGAGCUACGAGCCCAGGUAACCGAUCUAAAGACCUCACUGCUGGCAGAGAUGAGAUCGCAGCGAGCUACCCAGCGACAGCCAGACCAACCAUUGGGUGGAGAGCAGGGAGCCAAUCGCAUUCAGCGGCGUGCAAGACAACCUCAAUGGGAUGACCAGGGCCGUCCGAUCUGCCUGCGGUGUGGAAAGGCGGGGCACAUGCAGCGUGAUUGUCAGCCUAUGGAGAUGACCAACACACGAAGGGUGGCUGAUGAGGGAGGACCGGUGACGGUGCCCAUGCGUGCAGCCCUGGUGGGGGAAAGCCCGGAGGUCGAAGUCCUCGUUCAAGGAAGACGGGUCCCCUGCAUUCUGGAUACAGGGUCGCAGGGGGUGGUUGUGGUGGAAGAUAAAUAUCUGCCCCCAGCCUAUGGAAUAUUGGGCAUGAACGUUAGCGGGGGGCACCAUUUCACGCUUUUUAAGUCUACCCUCCCCAGGGCAGCUGUGGUGGCCUGGGACUGGGCGUUUGCUGCCUGCCGAAGGAUUGAAGCAGAUGAACACCGGGGACCCAGCUUCGGGGUGGCCCGGUUGCGCACAACCAACCCUAUUCAGCUGGCGCCACAGACUGAGACAGCAGUGUGGGCACAUGUCCCUGGGGCCGUUAAAACCAGUCAGGAGGAUGUCCUACUCGAAGAUUGCUACCAGGGCGGGCAAGAGUGGUGCGUGGGCCGUGCGGUGGCCCGACUGCAAGAUGGCAAAGUACUGCUGAGGGUGUGCAACCCACAUCCCUACCCAGUGGUGCUUCCCCCUCGACGACCCUUGGCACGUGUCCUACGCCUGGAAAGGGAUGAUGUCCAAGCGCCGAACCAGUUGGUCCUCCGGCGAGAGACUGAGGCAGUGGUGGAGGUGGAUGUAAGGCCAGUGAGUGGCUCCCUUCCUACCUGUUUGGAUACUCUGCUUCAGGGGGCCGAUGGGCUGACGCCUCCCCAGUCUGGGCAGCUUCGGGGUGUGCUCGAGCAUUGGCAGAAGGUGUUUUCCCAAAGUGAGGAGGACCACGGCCGUACGGAGGCUGUCUAUCACACCAUCCCCACAGGAGACGCUGCGCCGAUUCGCCAGCGCUACCGACCAGUGCCACCCAACCUCUACAAUGAACUGAGGACGCUACUGCGUGAUAUGUUAGAGGGAGGGGUUAUUCGUGAAAGCGCCAGUCCGUGGGCAAGUCCAGUAGUCUUGGUGAAAAAGAAGGACCAGUCAUGGAGGUUCUGUGUUGACUACCGGAAGUUAAAUGCGGUCACACAUAAAGACGCCUAUCCUCUCCCCAGGGUGGAGGAGUCCCUGACCAGCUUGAAGAAGGCUGAAUGGUACUCCACGCUUGACCUUGCCAGUGGGUACUGGCAGGUGGAGGUCCUGCCUGCUGACAAAGAGAAAACUGCCUUUGCGACUCCACUCGGUCUGUAUGAGUUUGAGAGAAUGCCUUUUGGUUUAUGUAAUGCACCAGCGACCUUCCAGCGAUUGAUGCAGCAUUGUCUUGGGGGGCAAGUGCAUGAGUUUUUGUUGAUUUAUUUAGACGACAUAAUUCUAUACUCACCAGACUUCUCUUCUCAUGUAGGCCACCUGGAGCAGGUCUUCGCCAAGUUGCAUGAGCACGGCUUAAAACUACAACCUGCCAAAUGCCGGCUGUUCCAGCGUUCAGUACAGUACCUCGGCCAUGUGGUGACUCCAGGGGGAGUGGCCACCGACCCGGAGAAAACGGAAGCAGUACGGAAGUGGCCCACACCCACAAACAUCCGGGAGGUUCGCUCAUUCCUUGGAUUCGUCGGUUACUACCGCCGGUUCAUUCUGUCGUUUGCGCGGAGGGCUGGGCCGCUGCAUGCGCUGCUGAAGGGAACCGGAGGGGGUAAAACUCGAUCUAUCGACUGGAGUCCGGAUUGUGAAAAGGCUUUCCAGGACCUUAAAGAGUCAUUACUGAGGGCCCCUGUCCUGGCUUAUGCGGACUUUUCUCUUCCAUUUCGCCUCUAUAAUGAUGCCAGCUUGCACGGACUGGGGGCGGUGUUGGCUCAGGUUCAGGAGGGCCGUGAGCGUGUGAUUGCCUAUGCCAGCCGUGGACUCCUGACUUGGUCGGCGUGGGGGACGGCCGCCGACCAAAUUUGAUUGACUUUUCCCUCUAUCUGGUCAGACAGUAUACCUGCUCAGAGGAGUGGGCUAGGACCUCGCAAGCACCUCUUAUUAAUGUACGGGUCUUGUUGGGUGGGACUGUAAGCUUAGUAGUUAGGAGGGCAUGUAUGUGCAGGACGGGAAAGUGUGACUAUUUAAAAGUGUGGCAUUGUGUGGAACUGUUGUAUAACUGCUGUUUCUCCCAUUUUCACCUGUGUGAAUAUCCUUGUAGUGACUGUCUGUGUGGCAGAGUUCUGGGAUUUGGUAUCCCCUGAGUGGUGUUACAGCACUUCUUUUUCUUUUGUUUUCAUUUGAGUUGUGGUUUCCUAUGUGGAUGUAUAGUGUGAACAUUUCUGACUGCAUUUUAUGUGUGGCUCCUAAAUUACUAGUGGGGGGCUGGUAAUGCUAACCUCUUCGUUCAGAUGUAAGCCUGGUGUACAUGUGGGCGGGCGGGACUCAUGUUGGUGUA